AUGCAACUCAAGAAUUCCGUGCUUUUGUUGACGGCCUUGACGGCUGGGUCUGCUGUUGCCCGUACUCACGGUCACCAGCGCCGCCAUGCUGCUGCCCACGAGGCCCAUGAGGCCAAGCGUGCCGUAGGCGAUGUGGUCGUCGCCACCAUCGACGGAAAGGCGGUUUCCUGGAUCAACGAAUACGCCGGCGCUGGUGCCGCGACUGCAACUGCAACUGCAACCGCUACCGCUGCCGCUGACAAGGCGGCUGCUGCUGCUGCUGUCGUCGCUGCGGAGACCACUGUCGCUUCUGCGGCCCACGCUACGGCCACUGCCACCUCCGUUGUGGUUUCAUCCGCGGCAGGAUCCUGCUCUGCCUGGGAUGACACCUCUUCUGAUGACGACUAUAGUCGUGACGGGUUCGGCGAAAAGACCGUUGCCAACUUACUCGAGUACAUCUGGUACAAGGGCAACGUCGGAAGCCCCUGGGGCAGCAACAUCAUCGAGGUCGCUGCGGACAAGGCUUGCCAGUAUAAGCAUGUUAUCCGUAUUGACGGUUCGGAGAAGGACCCCUGGACCCUCGUCUUCUGGAACAAGAUGGGUCCCGAUGGCAAGCUGACCGGCUGGUACGGCAACUCUGCUCUCAAACUCUCCCUCCAAGCUGGUGAGACCAAGUAUGUCGCUUUCGAUGACGACUCUCAGGGUGCUUGGGGUGCUGCCAAGGGUGACUCUCUGCCCACCGACCAGUACGGUGGUUACUCUUGCACCUGGGGUGAAUUCGACUUUUCCAACCAGGGCAACAACAACUGGUCUGGCUGGGAUGUCUCUGCUAUCCAGGCUCAAGUCGCCAACCAGGAGGUCCAGGGCAUGAAGAUCUGCGACAACCUUGGCGGCCGCUGCUCCUCGAUCACCAACCUGGCUACCAAGGUAGACAACGCCUACACCGCCGCUGAGGAGGGUGUUGAUGGCAUUGGUGGUUCUAUUGGCCCUGGCCCUGUCCGUCUGGUUGUUGCCAUUGACUACAGUGCAUAA